AUGGAUUAUCCUAAAGGUUCAGACCCUUAUACGGCAAGGCAAUACCUACUUCAUCAUCUAUAUUCUCCAUUAAUAUCGGUAGAAUCAUCUCCUAAUUCAGAUGUUAUCUUACAAUCAAUCCUUAAUGAUAAUGAUAUCUCCAUGUUAUCGAUAUUGAAACCUUAUGGUAAUAAUGUGAAGUAUUCUAUACAAAAUCAAUUCUUUAAAUUAACCAAUAAUCAGUUAAUCACCAAGAAUUAUCCCAGUUUUCCUAUCAGAUUUGAACCUUCAUUGCCCGACUUGUUAUCAAUAAAUUCCGAUUUAUCUAAGAGUUCAAAAUCCAAUUCAUUGCAUCAAUUAUUUAGCAUUUCAUCUUUGGAAUUAUUAUUAAAGAAAAUUUAUCCAGAAAAUGAUGAUUUAUAUUUAACUUUCUUCAAUAAGAUCAUAACUUCCAACUUAAUAACACCAUUUGAAACAUUCAAUCAUCCAAUUUCCCAAAUAUUCAUCAUAAAUUAUAAUAACGAUUCUAUCGACUUUUUAAGAUCAAAGAUUGUUGAAUUCAGAAACUAUAAUUUCCCAAAAUAUUUCCAAAUUGAUGAUUUACUUAUUCAUGUUUUUGUAUUAUAUGACACCACAGUAACGGAUGAAGAUGAAAUAUUACAAUUCCAAAAUUUAAUUAAACAAAAGUUAUCAGUUUCCUCAACUAUAAUUCCUAUAAUUUUCGAAAAAGAAGGAGAGGAAGAAUUUGUUGAAAUAUUGAAGAAUGAAAAUUCAACUAUUGAUGAAGAAUUACAAAGAAUUUCAUUACAAAAAGAUCAACCUUUCGAAAAAUAUUUCAAAAUACCCAAGAAGCUUGAUUUUCAAUUCAAAUCCAAAAUAUUUGAAUUCAUAUCUCAAUAUUUGAUACCUCAUAUGGAGAGAAAUAUCAGGAUUUGGGAUGAUCAGAUUUUAGCACCUAGAAGAUCCAUUGCAUCGAGAUUCUUUUCAGUAUCUAAGAAAUUAUUUAAUAACAAUAAUAAUGAAAAUACUUCUCAAUUCAAUUUCCAAGACAAUUAUUAUCACAAAUCAUCACCAGAACAAAUAAUAAGGAAAUUGGCCGAUUGGAGUUUAAUCUUAAAAGAUUUCAAAUAUAGUUAUUCGGUUUACGAUUUCAUAAAGAAAGAUUAUACCAAUGAUAAAGCGUGGAUUUAUGUUGCUUCAACUCAAGAAAUGUGCAUGGUAUCAUUAUUAUUGGUACAAACUCAAUUACCCAAUACUCAACCCAUUGACAAGAACACUUUAAGAAAGAUCAGACAUGAUAUUGUUGAGCCAAGUUUAGAUAACUUAUCAUAUACUUAUAAAUCCCGAUUGAAUCUCAAGACUUAUAGUUUAAGAACUCACUUAGUGGUGAUAGAAUUACUUUUAUGCAUGUGUUUGACCUAUAACAUGUCAUGGUGGUGGCAGGAUCUCAUUGAAAAGUAUUUACUCAAAGUAUUAGGUGAGUUUGAUAACCAUUUAGUAUCGUCAAAUCAAUCUCUGCAAGUGAUAAAGGCUAUCUUGUUAGAAAGAUUAGGUUACAGUUUUGGGAAGUUUCAAUCUACUGAUAAAUUUAUAGAUUAUGAACAAUUAAAAGUACAAUCUCAAGAUGAUGCACAAGAAGAAGGAUUAUAUGAAAAUGAAAAGAAAUUAUUACCACGAAUUGAUGCUGCUAGUUACGGAUUCAACAGAUAUAGGAAAUCAUCAUUGUGGUACCUUUUAUCCAUUAAGGAAUGGGAAAACUUGGGUAAUCUUGAACACAUCAAGUUUUUAUUGACCAAUAUCACCGAAACAUAUGAUCUAGAAUCCAAAGACAAUUGGUAUGAUAGAAAAGAUUUAUUGUUAGGGUCCAUAAAGCAUAGAGUAGAAUAA